AUGGCAUCAGCUUCGGCCUCGGGAUGCAGCCACCGUUCUGUGCAAUUCGAAUGCUCGCGCCAUGCUGCUCAAUCGGGGUUCAAAAGACCCAACAUGCGAGAACGCGUUGCAGCAACAAAGCUGGAAAAUGACAACCUUAUGCCUAGCCCCGCUCUGCUAAAAGGUAAUCCUGAAACUUUUCCUGGGCCAUUGGUACUGCCAGGGGAUGAGAUUGCCGAAGAUCCUGAAUAUCCACCUCAAUCUUUGCAGGAAUGGUUUGACGAGGAAGAUCGCAACUCAGUUACGCCAAGUCGGAGAACUGUCUAUGUGGUUCCCCCGCCACAAAUAAGUGAUGGUGUUGAUUUUCUUGAACCAUGGAGCCGGCCAAAGGGUUAUCGGCAGGAAGACCGAGUGGAGCCUCCUUUGACUCAGGAGGUACAUGAAUAUCUGAGCGCGUUUUAUCACGGGCUUCCGGUGAAGCUGAUGCCUCGGUCGACCCUCUGCCUCGUCCGAUGGGAUUCCGGAGGAGCUUCCGCCAAAUCAACCUCCAAAGCCAAAUCUCAGCGGCCCAAGUUUGUCGGUCUGCAAGUAUCUCAGGAAUCUGUUCGAAUUCGCAUUCGUGCCUCGAGGGAUGACGUCUUUGAUGGACAACUCAAUUUAAAUGACCUUCUCGAUGCUGUGAUUGGCAUGUUGCCCAAGGAUGCAUACGCACUUCUGUUCUUGGUCAAUCACGAUAUGUAUGAAGAUGAAAACGAUGAUUUUGCUUGUGGUCGUGCUUAUGGAGGGAGCCGGGUGGCCGUUGUCUCGAGCGCCAGAUAUAAUCCAAAUUUAGAUGAACUUGAGUCGGUCGAACGUCUUCAUGCUUGGCCAGCAUCACAUUGCAAAAGUUAUAUAUCUGCUUUCUGCAAUGCGGCUGACGAGGAUUCCACGGCCAAGAAGACUUCCAAACCCCAAACGAAAACAAAACAAAACAAAGGGAAGGUCGGUUCCUCCACGUCCAGGGUAAGCCCCAUGGAAGCUGCGAUAUCCAUUCAUCGCACUCUUCCCAUGGAAAAUCUGACGGGGACCUCGCUCUCCGCACUCUGGCUUGGGCGAGUUUGCCGAACAGCUAGCCAUGAACUGGGUCACUGUUUCGGUAUUGACCAUUGCAUGUACUAUGCUUGUUCCAUGCAGGGCACAGCAUCGGUGGGUGAAGACGCCUCGCAACCACCUUAUCUUUGUCCAGUCGAUCUGGCCAAAGUUCUCCAUGCCACGUCGACAACAGCUAUCGGACGAUACAAUGCCCUUCUCGCUUUUUGUGAGAAACCUCAUAGCAAGAAUGAACACAUGUUUGCGCCUUUUGCGGCUUGGAUUCGUGGAAGAAUAGUUGAGCUGGAAGAAUAG